GGUCACGUGAGAGACAUCCCCAUUCCAAACCUUUGCCGAGUUGAUCCUCACUCCCGGAACCUCAGUCUUUGCACGUUGAACUCCCCCCUCCCACCGAUAUCCCUCCAAUCCACACUUCAAAAUGGCCGCCCGCAGCGCCGCUCUUAAGAUUGACUGGGUCAAGGUGACCAGCUCCCUCGGCCUCCGCGGCCAGACCGCUGCCUCUCUCCAGGCUUUCAAGAAGAGGAACGAUGAUGCCCGUCGCAAGGUUCAGCUUCUGUCCGAACAGCCCCAGACCAUCGACUUCGCCCACUACCGCAAGGUCCUGAAGAACCAGGCCAUUGUCGACGAGAUCGAGAACCAGUUCAAGACCUUCAAGCCCGCCACCUACGAUGUUUCCCGUCAGCUGAAGGCCAUCGAUGCUUUCGAGAGCCAGGCUGUUCAGAGCGCUGAGGAGACCAAGGGCAAGGUUGAGGCCGAGCUCCGCAGCCUUGAGAAGACUCUCGAGAACAUCGAGACUGCCCGGCCAUUCGAUGAGCUCACUGUGGAUGAGGUUGCCUCUGCCCAGCCCGAAAUUGAUGAGAAGACCGCCUCUAUGGUCAGCAAGGGCCGCUGGAUGCCGGCUGGUUACAAGGAGCGCUUCGGCGAUAUGUCUGUUGUCUAAACUAUCAGCAUUAUCUGUCAUUUUACGCCUCUUUUCUCCUUCGACCAGUGUCAUCACACGAUGGGAUUUUCUUUUGUCAAGCAUGUUGGCCAGCUAGGAUACCCUUUGCGUCUGGCAGUGUGAACUUGGUUGUGGGACGUGUAUAGAAACAAUGUGCAAUUUAGAAGAUGGUUUCCUACAUUAACCAACAGCCUUGUUCUCUUUUUUUUAUUGCUUCCGUAAACGAUGUUCAACCCGUCGAUGAAUACUGCGAGGGAGUCCUCUUCUAUUCUAUAGCACUAGUGGAUUGAAAAUUCCUACCAUCUGGUCUUCUCUAUCGCA